AUUUAUAGAAAAAUGAACAUGUCAAAUGAUAAUUUUUAUACAAAAAUUUAUUCAGAUUCUCCAUGGCACAUAUAUAUCAAUUUUUUGAAGAAUCCGAACAUACAGAAGCUUUCAUAGUAUCAUCUUACAAAAAACACAAUGAAGAAUCUGGAAAACUCAAUUGGGCUGCGAUUAUUAUACAAAACUUUUUUCGAGGCAUUUACGUGCGACAACAAAUCAAGAAAAUGCACCAAUCCGCUAUUAUUAUACAAAAAUACGUAAGAGGGUGGCUACAGAGAUAUCGUUUACCCGAUAUAAUGGCAGAAUAUUAUGAUAAUCUUUGUUUACAACAUUACAACAAGGCAGCAGAAAAAAUACAAUCUAGAUGGAAAGGGUAUAUGGUUCGUAUGUACGAGGUUUGUAUCAAAGAUAUCAUAAAAAUGAGGGAGGAGACAUUGAAAGCCAACGAAAAUAUAAAGUUACUUUUCCAACGGCGGUUUAGUGAAAUGGACUUGGAUGAUUUCGGCAUCAAUAGAAAAUAUGCUUAUAAGGUGUUUAAAAUACUUUCGGAUAGACAUCAUCUUCUCAGUACUCACCAAAUAAAAGGAGUACUACAUAAACAAGAUGCGAAGAAUGAGCUUUCAGAGCUGGAAAAGUUAUUAAAAGCUAUGCCGUGGAAAAAUUACAUGAAAGAAGUACACAAAAUUUAUUACGAAUAUUAUGACGAACAUCCGCCAUAUAAAUACAAAUAUAAUGAUAAAAGAUUAAGGAAACAAGAGGAUUUACUGAAAUAUAAUGAAGAAAUUCGAUGUCGACAUGAACACGAUAAGAAUAAUGAAACUGAUCCAACGUCAAGCGACGCUUUACGAGAAAAACUAUUUAAUUUGACUACCAAGCUAGAAAUUAAACCUUACGAAAGAUACAUAAGUACCACUGGUAAAUUUGUAAAACCAAUCAAGAAUAUCGUUAGAACCACCGAUCCUUCCAAAAAUAUUAGUGAAACUGAUUUUGACUUGAAGACACUAACUAAACUGGCUUUAAAAUCUAAAAUCCCGCCUUAUUAUAUCAAUUUUUGGUUAGAUAAAUGUCCUUGCAAUCAAACAGAUUUAUAACUUUAUUCGAUUUAGUUUGAAUAUAAUUCAUUU